AUGCCAAAUUAUAUAUUCUGGCCAUACGAAUCCUUUUUUGAGAAUUCUGCAGCUCAAGGGCCUCAGGUAGCUUUGGCAGUUUCAUUCGAGAAGACACAUUUUGUUGUCUUAGGUGUUUGCAGACCUCAGGAUUUGGAAGAAGUAAGCAUACGGCCCCCUUAUUCGGUAGUAGCUACUAAGGAGAAUGAAGAGGAGGGCUGGGAUUACAAAGUUGCUGAGCCCUGUAAUGUCCAUUUUAGAAUACCCAAGUUGAAGUUUAUGCAAUUCUAUUCAUCUGACCCCAUCUCACUCAUCAUACCGGAAAAGGAGGUUGGUCUUCAUAGCAGUGUUGGUGAAACCCUGAACUUUUCUAAGUUAGAGGAACAUUCAAGGUAUAAGAGCGAUACUAAAAAAUUGAGUGAAACUUUGAAUAUAAUUAAUCUUUUCCCCGCAUAUUGCAAGGCAUUAAGUGAACUUUAUCCGUUUAUCCAAACCUCACAAGAAAACUCGAGGUAUACUAUCCUUAAUCGGAUUGCAGCUUGGUGUUCAUCUACUUGCAUUCAUAAGGUUGUCGUAAAAAUUGGCUUUUACCUGACAUUGGUGAUCUGCUCUAUUGCUAGUUUCGUAUCCUCGUUAUUAAAUUAUUCACACUUUCAGUUGGUAAAUUACUCGGCAUUUGUCCAGCAAAUAGAUCUUCGCUGUCAACAAAUUUGCUAUUUUCCAGUACAGUAUGAGCGUAUUAAUAAGAAGGACAACAUACAUAAAGCUGGCCCUAUGGUAAAUCAAGAUAAUCCUAACAGUCAAUUGUUACAUUCAUGUACGCCUUCUAAAUUCUAUCCCGAUUAUAUUUUAUUGUAUAACACAGUUUGGCUUAUUAUUAAUGACAUCUCAUUUGGUCUAAUAUUGGGAGCCAUACUCAUAGAGAAUCGAGAAUUCUUGGUUUCAGCGUCCCAUAGAGUGUUGAAGAUUUUUUUGUAUGAUUCAUUAAAAACGAUAACUAAAACGUUAGCUAGUAAUCCCUUUGGCAUUAAAUUAAAUGCAGAACUUGCCAACUUUUUGAGCGAACUAUUUCUUUGGGUGAUAGAGUUUUCUUAUACUGCCUUUAUAAAAAAACUUAUCGAUCCGGAAACAUUAUCAACUUUGCUCACGUUAACGAUAUACAUGAUGUUUCUUGUUGGUUUUUCUUUUGCUGUUUCCCUAGCGAUUGAUUUUUUUGCAGUUCUAAGUUUCCCAAUAUAUGUUUUUUAUCGUAUCAGCAGUAAACUAUAUCAUUGUCAGCUGAACAUUAUGGCCAGUCUUUUUAACCUGUUCUGUGGCAAAAAGAGGAACGUUUUACGGAAUAGGGUUGAUCAUAAUUAUUUUCAACUAGAUCAGUUGUUAUUGGGAACAUUAUUAUUUAUUAUUCUAGUGUUCUUGACUCCCACGGUGAUGGCAUUCUAUAUGUCGUACACGGUUUUGAGAAUGUUGACAAUAACUAUCGAAAUAUUUUCAGAGGCUGUGAUUGCACUCAUUAAUCAUUUUCCUUUGUUUGCAUUAUUACUUAGGUUAAAAGAUCCCAAACGUCUACCUGGCGGUAUUUCGAUUGAACUCAAAACCACAGUCUCUAAUAAGCAUACGACACUAGAACUUCAAAACAAUCCUAUCCAAUUUAAGAGUAUGUUUAAACCAUAUAAUUUAUUGUUGGCACAAAUGAGGGCGAACUAUUUCUCAUUUGCUACUGUACGACAGAUUGUCCGAGGGGAGUCUGUAAUGGUCAAUAGGAAUAAGUUGUAUUAUGUUCUUUAUUCUUCAUUGCCUAGUAAGCCAUUAAGUGCAAGGGAUUUAUACAAAAGGCUAACCAUUCAGACAUGA